GGCUGUUACUGAACUUCGCUCCUUCCUGCUCCUCCUUCCAGUGAGGUUUCUGGCCCUUACGGCUCACCAUUCGUACACAUACGCUGCAGAGAUCGUUACGUCGUGCAGCCGCUAACGAAUAUCCACGCUUUUCAUGACAUGUUACUUGCAAAUGUGUCUUGGGUAAGCCGCAUGCCUCGUCUCCUCCAGUUAGCGUCACCUGUAUACGCCAAACCGCAUAAACUGUGCUUCUCGCACUGUGACCUCAACAAGACUAACAUCCUCGUCGCUGAGGACGGCCGAUUGGCUGCUAUUAUUGAUUGGGAAGCUGCUGGAUGGUUUCCUGAGUAUUGGGAAUACACGACGAGGGAGAUGCAGAAUUUGGACACUGAAGUUCUGGCUACGUUUUGGAAAGCGGUUGGUGUAUUUGAGAACGAGUGUUAUGACAAGGAGUUAGAACUAGAGCGGGGGCUGUGGCGUAGCACUGGUGAUACGGCUGUACCUCCGGGUUUCUGGCCCGAUGACCCUCUCGACAGACCUCUUCAUGAUCAUAACGAUGUCAUAUGGUAAGCCUCUACGUUUGUUUUGCUCUCUGAUGUCCUC